AUGGCUGCCGGACAAACAGCCAAGGCCGACGGACGGGGCAGGCGCUGCUCCUGCCGGCCUGGCAAAGUGCUUCCCCGCCCUGCUGCCAUAACCUUCUCCUUGCUGGUGGUAAACUCCCAGCAGCUGGUUUCCAUCCGGGAACAAGGUUCCUCUGUACUGGAUCAGACUGACCAGCGGGGCGUGUUCCAGACAAAUCUGUCUUCUUGUGCACUGUUUGGGCGGGGAAACGAGGACCAGUUCAUGCUUAUUGGGGUAGAAACUGACAUCUGGAUCGUGUUGCGGUUGACCUGCAGUCUUGCUCCUGUGAGGGUUAAGAUGCUUGUGGGCUCAAAGUCUUCACCUGUAUCUCACAGCUCUCCCUUGUGUGCCCACAAGACUGAAUUCCCCCAGAGCUCCUCAGGAGGGAUUCUGGGAGUUAUUCAGGUUAUCGUGGGACAGGGGGAUGCAAUACUGGAGCUGAUGGUCACCAGUGCAAGUGAUCUCAUUGGUGACAUCAAGACUGGAGGUGGCUGCAGUGAUCACGCAUUGGUGGAGCUCACAGUCCUGAGGGAUAUAGGAAAGCCCAUUGAACUAGCUGAAGCUGCUGCUGAUGUUGAGCCUGUGAAGGUCCGGUUGGCAGUGAUUGAAGCACAGACAUCCAUGCCGCUUGCCUUCUCCUGUCAAGAUAUUGACCUUAAGUGGCUGGGACAAAUCCGUCUGGUGGUGCAGGGGAGUUUUACCUCAGUUUUGGAUAAAAGCCUGGACGAUUGCCUGCAGCAGUAUGUCCAUAAAUUUGAACGGGAGAAGAUAAAUGGUGAACAGCUGUUACAGAUUUCUCACCAGGACCUUGAAGACUUGGGUGUCUCACGGAUCGGACACCAGGAACUGGUUCUAGAGGCUGUGGAUCUCCUGUGUGCACUGAACUAUGGCCUUGAAACAGACAAUAUGAAGAACCUGGUUCUCAAGCUGCGAGCAUCAUCCAACAACCUGCAAAAUUACAUCAGCAGCCGUAGAAAAAGUUCAAAUUACGAUGGAAAUACGUCUCGCAAGCCCCCCAAUGAAUUCCUUACUUCUGUGGUAGAGCUUAUUGGUGCUGCUAAAGCCUUGCUUGCGUGGUUGGACAGGACCCCAUUUACAGGUAUUGCUGACUUUUCAUCAAUGAAGAACAGAAUCAUUCAGCUCUGCUUGGAUCUCACUACUACUGUUCAGAAGGACUGCACUGUAGCUGACAUGGAAGAUAAAGUUCAGACUGUGGCCAAGACUUUAAAUGGCAUUUGCGACAAAGCCAUCCGAUCAGCUACAGACCCGUUGAUGAGCCAGUGUGCAUGUCUGGAGGAGGUUCAUUUAACCAACAUUAAACCUGGGGAAGGCUUGGGAAUGUACAUCAAAUCAACUUAUGAUGGAUUACAUGUAAUUACUGGAACUACAGAGAACUCCCCUGCUGAUCGAUCUCAGAAGAUUCAUGCUGGUGAUGAAGUGAUCCAGGUUAAUCGACAAACUGUGGUUGGAUGGCAACUCAAAAAUCUGGUGGCAAAGUUGCGAGAGAAUCCUGCUGGAGUUAGGCUGCUGCUUAAGAAACGUCCUACUGGCUCUUUCCAUUUCACUCCUGCUCCGCUAAAGAACCUACGCUGGAAACCACCCUUGGUGCAGACCAGUCCUCCGCCGACUUCAACCCAGUCACCAGAAAGCACCAUGGAUACCUCACUGAAAAAAGAGAAGCCAGCCAUUUUGGAUCUGUACAUACCACCUCCACCAGCUGUUCCAUAUUCUCCUCGAGACGAAAAGGGAAGUUUUGUCUAUGGAGGAGGCAAGAAACCCAGUCAGCCACUCCUUGGGUCCAAGGGCGCUGAGUCUCCCAAUUCUUUUCUGGAUCAGGAGAGUCGAAGGAGAAGGUUUACUAUCGCUGAUUCGGAUCAGUUGCCUGGCUAUCCCAUGGAAGCAAAUAUCCUGCCACCCAAGAUGAGGGAAAAGACACAGUCCUAUGGGAAACCUCGUCCUUUGUCAAUGCCUGCUGAUGGCAGCUGGAUAGGAGCUGCAGAACCCUUCUCCAGGCCACGAGCACCAGGGAGAAAAGUAGUGGUCUCUACUACUUUGAAACCAUUCAUGGAACCUGAUGGCAACGCUCUCGUUCCUUUGCGUCAGAAGACAAAAAAGAAAAGUCAAGGGUUCUUUAUAAUGAGCCGAAGGAGGAUAUCGUGUAAAGAGCUGGGGCAAGCUGAUUGCCAAGGAUGGCUCUACAAAAAGAAAGAAAAAGGAGCUUUCAUUGGCAACAAAUGGAAAAAGUUCUGGUGUGUGCUGAAGGAGUCAUCGCUAUAUUGGUACAGCAGCCAGCUGGCUGAAAAAGCAGAAGGAUUCAUCAGACUUCCAGACUUCAGUGUUGAUCGAGCGACCGAAUGCAAAAAAAAGCAUGCUAUUAAGAUCAGCCACCCACAAAUCAAGACAUUUUAUUUUGCGGCAGAAAAUGUUCUGGAAAUGAACACGUGGCUAAGUAAGUUGGGGAUGGCUGUAGACCCUCAGGGACCCAACGGGAAGAAUGAAGAAGAAUGCUACAGCGAAAGUGAACAUGAUGAUCCAGAAAUAACAGACACACCGCCUCCUCCCUACACAGUCCAGCAACCACCUCCUCCUUCGCAGGAUCAGAAGUCUUCUUUCACCUCAACGGUGUCAAGUGAAGCAUCUUGUUCUCUCUCCUCUCCUGAAAGCACUUUCAACUCUCAAGAGUCGUCUUCUUCCUUGACGUCCAAAGUGGUUUAUUCCGAGAGGCAGUCCUGGCUUGACCUAGUUAACAGCUCUGCCACAGAAGAGGGUGAUCAGCCUUUAACCUUCUGCGUACAGAUUCACUCUGAUGAGCCGCCAGAAGUAGACUCUGAAGAAGCAGCAGAAAGUGAGGAGAUCCAGCUUCCGAAGUCCAGUGGUGGAUCCCCAAACUCUUUUUUAGAUCCGGAUACGCAUUGUCUAGCUGUGCCAGAUGCAACAGGACAGAGAUCACUAGCCAAAGAUCAGGAAAAAUGUGGUGAUGAUGAUGAGAUGGAGCGACUUUACAAGUCAUUAGAACAAGCAAGCCUGUCUCCCAUUGGUGAUCGUCGGCUGUCAACGAAGAAGGAGCUUAGAAAGUCAUUUAUCAAACGUAGCAAAAACCCCUCCAUUAAUGAGAAACUCCACAAGAUUCGAAUGCUGAACAGCACGUUAAAGUGUAAGGAACAUGACCUGGCCACAAUUAACCAGUUGCUAGAAGACCCAAAGUUGACGGCAAUGAAGUACAGAGAGUGGAGGAACACAAACAUCAUGCUGGUCCAAGAUAUCUAUCAGCAGCAGGAGGUCCAGGACGUGUCCACAGAGAAUAGCGAGGAGCAGGAGAUGACUCCACAGCCUAUUGCUGAAAGUGCUAUCUGA